GCGCAGUAACAAAUGAAGUGCGCGCUGCGACACCUCCCAGCUCUCCAGGCUCAGCCGCCAUUUCCUCGCCUGGCCUAACGGUCCGACCAAUCCCAGCGCGCAUCGAGAAGGGCUAAGGCUCCGCCAAUCGGAGGCCGCCGAUUUCGACCCCUUGCCUCGGCCCGGCCCAAUCCAGGCUUCGGCCCCGUCGCCCCCGGCCCACCCCCGCGGCGCCCUCUCUCCUCCCUCUUUGUGCGUCUCGCGCCGCCGCCGCCCGCCGCGUGAGAGGACGGGCUCCGCGCGCUCCGCGGCAGCACAGUCAGGUCCCCUCCCCCCAGAAGAUUCGCGAAGGAGAAACCGCCGCCGCCGUCGAAAAGGAGCCGCCGGUGCCGGUCCCUGGGGGGCGCCAUGGCGACCGGAGCGAACGCCACGCCGCUGGGUAAGCUGGGCCUCCCUGGCCCCAAAGGGGGCUUCGAGCCGGGGCCACCGCCUGCUCCCGGGCCUGGGACGGGGCUGCUGGUGUCCGGGCCGCCGCCGCCCCCGCCCGUGGGCUCGGUGGGGGCCCUGACCGCGGCCUUCCCCUUCGCGGCGCUGCCGCCGCCGCCGCCGCCACCGCCGCCGCCGCCGCCCCCCCCACCUCCCCAGCAGCCGCCGCCGCCCUCCCCGGGCUCCUCGUACCCGCCGCCGCAGCCGCCCCCUCCGCCGCCGCUCUACCAGCGCGUGUCGCCACCGCAGCCGCCGCCGCCACCCCAGCCGCCGCGUCAGGACCAGCAGCCGGGCCCGGCCGGUGGCGGAGGAGACUUUCCCAGUAAGAAGCGGAAGAGGAGCCGCUGGAACCAAGACACAAUGGAACAGAAGACGGUGAUUCCAGGAAUGCCUACAGUUAUCCCCCCUGGACUUACUCGGGAACAAGAAAGAGCUUAUAUAGUGCAACUGCAGAUAGAAGACCUGACUCGUAAACUGCGCACAGGAGACCUGGGCAUCCCCCCUAACCCUGAGGACAGGUCCCCUUCCCCUGAGCCCAUCUACAAUAGCGAGGGGAAGCGGCUUAACACUCGCGAGUUCCGCACCCGCAAAAAGCUUGAAGAGGAGCGGCAUAACCUCAUCACGGAAAUGGUUGCCCUCAACCCUGAUUUCAAGCCACCUGCAGAUUACAAACCUCCAGCAACACGUGUGAGCGAUAAAGUAAUGAUUCCACAAGAUGAGUAUCCAGAAAUCAACUUUGUGGGGCUGCUGAUUGGGCCCAGAGGGAACACCUUGAAGAACAUAGAGAAGGAGUGUAAUGCCAAGAUCAUGAUCCGGGGGAAAGGCUCUGUGAAAGAAGGGAAAGUGGGGCGCAAAGAUGGCCAGAUGCUGCCAGGAGAAGAUGAGCCGCUUCAUGCCCUGGUUACUGCCAAUACCAUGGAGAAUGUGAAGAAAGCAGUAGAACAGAUAAGAAACAUCCUGAAGCAGGGUAUCGAGACUCCUGAGGACCAGAACGAUCUACGGAAGAUGCAGCUUCGAGAGUUGGCUCGUUUGAAUGGGACUCUUAGGGAAGAUGAUAACAGGAUCUUAAGACCCUGGCAGAGCUCGGAGACCCGCAGCAUUACCAAUACCACAGUGUGUACCAAGUGUGGAGGGGCUGGCCACAUUGCUUCCGAUUGCAAAUUCCAAAGGCCUGGUGACCCCCAGUCAGCUCAGGAUAAAGCGCGGAUGGAUAAAGAAUACUUGUCCCUCAUGGCUGAACUGGGGGAGGCACCUGUGCCCGCAUCUGUGGGCUCCACCUCUGGGCCUGCCACCACACCCCUGGCCAGUGCACCUCGGCCUGCUGCUCCCGCCAACAAUCCACCUCCGCCGUCUCUCAUGUCCACUACCCAGAGCCGCCCACCCUGGAUGAAUUCUGGCCCGUCAGAGAGUCGGCCCUACCAUGGCAUGCACGGAGGUGGCCCUGGUGGGCCCGGAGGUGGCCCGCACAGCUUCCCACACCCGUUACCCAGCCUGACGGGCGGGCACGGUGGACAUCCCAUGCAGCACAACCCGAAUGGACCCCCUCCUCCUUGGAUGCAGCCGCCGCCACCACCGAUGAACCAGGGCCCCCACCCACCUGGGCACCAUGGCCCUCCUCCAAUGGAUCAGUACCUGGGAAGUACGCCUGUGGGCUCUGGGGUCUAUCGCCUGCAUCAAGGAAAAGGUAUGAUGCCGCCGCCACCUAUGGGCAUGAUGCCGCCGCCGCCGCCGCCUCCCAGUGGGCAGCCUCCACCCCCUCCCUCUGGUCCUCUUCCCCCAUGGCAGCAGCAGCAGCAGCAGCCUCCGCCACCCCCUCCGCCCAGCAGCAGUAUGGCUUCCAGUACCCCUUUGCCAUGGCAGCAAAAUACGACGACUACCACCACGAGCGCUGGCACAGGGUCCAUCCCGCCAUGGCAACAGCAGCAGGCGGCUGCCGCAGCUUCUCCAGGAGCCCCUCAGAUGCAAGGCAACCCCACUAUGGUGCCCCUGCCCCCAGGGGUCCAGCCGCCUCUGCCGCCCGGGGCCCCUCCCCCUCCGCCGCCUCCGCCGCCUGGUUCCACCGGCAUGAUGAUCCCUCCCCGCGGCGGCGAUGGCCCGAGCCAUGAGAGUGAGGACUUUCCGCGCCCAUUGGUGACCCUUCCAGGCAGACAGCCUCAGCAGCGCCCCUGGUGGACAGGAUGGUUCGGCAAAGCAGCCUGAGUUAUUUUUAUGGACGGAAUCGGAACACGCUGGCUCCAUAUUGUGAAAUUUUUUAUUAAUUUUUUCUUUUUCCUUUGUUAUUUCCUUAUCUUUUCCUUUCUUCAGACUCCGUCCAAGGAGAUGCUCUCCCCGGUCUUCUGCUGCAAUUAGAUUCCUUUCCCUUUUCUCAUUCCUCGUUCUUCUCUUUCUAAGGAGAGAGGAACAAAUGGUUUUUAGGCAAAGGCUUUUGGCCAUCAAUGUCAGGCUAGUGGGGGGUUCCUUUGGUUCUAAGAUUUUCAAGGUGCCAUAGUCACCCUGAGAUUUUUUUUUUUUUUCCUAAUUUUAAGCGUGGGGUUUUGUCUGCCUCCUUUGUAGACUAGCAGGUUGACCCCCAUGUCCAGGGUCCAUAUCCGUCGUGGCAUCCCUGCCAGUAGUUGGGGCCGCCUACGCCGCCGUGGGCUUGUCUGCCAGCCAGGAGCGCCCUUUCCAUGCCCCUGAGCACCUGAGCUGCCUCAGAUUCCAUUUGUUCCUCUCUUUCCUGGAAGGCUUCCUUUUCAAAUUUAUUUUAGUCCCAAAUGUCAGUGUUUUGCAGUGUCUAGGGGUUUGAGCCCCUUGUUUUCCGUUCUGCUUCCUUUUUUUCCUCCUUCCUUUUCAUGGAGUGAUUAUGUUGACAAUAAUGUAUAAUGCGCGUUCUCUUCACUGGUUUAUCUGCAGAAAUUUCUCUGGGCUUUUUUUUUUGUUUUUGGUGUAUGAUUCAACACUGCGUUAAAGGGGGAUGUUCCAUUGAAUAAAAGAGCAGUGUGGUU